AACGAAAAAAAACCAAUGGCGGAGCACAACGGUGGAGUCGACGUGGAGGUCAGCGAAGGCGAGGAGACCAAGCCAAUCCACCGCCGGGACGACGACGACACUCUCUUCGGUGUCGUCAACCGUCUUCUCUGUGCCAUUCUGUUUCCGGGCCCCGACGACAGUGGCGCUCCGCUGUUUCGCCGGAUCAAGACCUCCGUCGCCGAGAAUGCUCCGCGCUUCCGGGAAGCUUCUAGAAACACUGGUCGGAGCGUGCUUGUCUGGACUCGUCAGGGCAGUCCUCUCCGACCACUCCUCGUCAUCUCUGUUGGCACAAUCACUCUUCUGGGUUUGACAGGAUUGCUUGUCUUUAUGCUUUUUUUCCUGGCAGCAACUUUCAAUGCCAUUGUUCUCUCGCUUUUGUUAUCUUUGGCAGCUGCAGGAGGAUUCUUGGCCCUCUUCUUUACCUUUAUAGCAGCUAUAUACAUUGGGGCACUAUCAGUUGCCAUUUUUGUUGUUUCUGCUACAACAAUUUCUGCAAUUGUAGCUGUUCUGAUUACCACAGGUUGGAUCGGGUUCUUUUGGUGCGUGUGGUUGGCAAGUAAGAAAUGUCUAAGCCUUGCUCAGCGCUCACUUAGCGUGACUGGUUCGACCAUUUCAGCCUACUCUUAUGGAAGGCAUGCUCACAAGGCUUCAGGUUGAAGUGGAAUGUAUAUAUUGUGAAUAAAGCCUCUGUAUGUGGAAGCAGCUGAUAUCUAUGCAGAUGUUAUCUCCAGACGGUUACGGUUUUAUAUUCUGAGAGGAUCACGCUUUUUUCUUUUCCUAUGCUACGUAGGAAGCAUGAUGGGUCACAUAGGACUUUCGACGUUAUUGUAUAUAUUUCCUUGUCCAUGUACCUCUAGAAUGUUAAAACAGCACGAACGAAUGAAUAUGUUGUAUUUACCUC